GCAUAAGCAUAAGAUGAGCCUUGGAGUAUUCAAAGCCGCGUGGACUACGCGACAGCUCUCCGGAGCGUGGUGCCUUGGGCUCGCUUCAACCUCGAGACACUCCAUGCUCACAAGUCCGAAAAGGGAGAGCGACCACAAUCUCUCGAAAAACACAAUCCUCGAUUGUAGAAAGUUCUUCCGGCGACUCGACACUCUUCAGAAAAGCCUCACAUUUUCCAGCGAGCGAACAGAAAAAUCACACGGAUACUGGGAGCAAGUGAUCGUAUAGUUACGGCACGGCCGAGUCGAGCGUCGCGAGACUCAGCAGGCUUUGAUGCUCUCUGCUGACGGUCGGCAGUCACGUUGCCUGGCACGUGUUGGUGUUGGGUAGCAUACUAGGUUGUGAUGGAAGCGAUUUAAAUGAGAAAUGUACCAUCAGUGGUGAGAGCGACUGGAUGUGUAUUCGUGAGAGUGAAUUUGUUACA